UUAUAUUUUAUUACUGACGCGUGUCGUUGCAAACGGUGUGCGUGUUGAACAUGCACAUAGUCCAUGCUCCAGCUGCCCUCACUGCGACAGAAUUACCUCCUUCCUAUAUACAACCAGAACCGGUAGAAAGAGCAAGAAAAUACUACUGCGUCGACAAAGAGAGAGCGAUGCCGACCAACGGGAACGAUGGCUUGAAGAACAAAUACGGUGGCGUUGAUGAGUCGAAGAGGCCGGCAUCCGGCUCCGGCGAGGUGCUCCACCAGCGCCGGCGCCUGCCGCAGAGCCCUGCGGUGAUGGCUGUCGGUGGCUUCGCCCUCAUCGCCAGCAUUGCGUAUUUUACGCUCUACGCAAAGCCGAAGAAAGGUACCAGUCCUAACCAGAUUGCUGCGGCUGUCGCCGGCGACGAACCCCCCCGUAAAUGAACCUCCGGUUCUCCUUGUCGUUCUUUCUUAGAUUUUUUUUCCUUUGAAUUGUGUUACGGAGUAAUAGAAAUAUGGAGUAAGGAAGAUCUGAUCUUCUAUAUGUGAUUAGC